UUUGUUAGUUGACUUUAUGCAAGAAAGCAUAAAGUGUUUAUACUGUGAAUCAGAAGUGUGAUGUAAGGGAGGUUUGCUAGAAAAUACCAAUAUAUUUUGAAAGAUUUAACGAGUGCUGUGCCUUAUCUGCUGUGCAGUGUCAGCCAGGCAGAGCGCAACAUUCCCCAUCGUUCUGCAGCAGAAUGCUGUGGAAGGACUCCAGUCCAGCUCAGACAAAUCUGCACCAGGUUUGAAAAAUCACUCAAACCUGCUGAAGUAAAACCUUAACAAGCACAACUGCCUUUUGAAUCAAAGUCUGUAGAUUUGCAGCGAACAGGCUGAUGAGGGGCAUGGGCGAAGAUGGCUCGUAGGGGACUGGGUGCCUUGGGUAUUACCUUAGUUUCAGAAAUGAGAAAGCAGUGAGGAUCAGCACCAGCCCUUUGGACAACAGACAACUCGGGGGAGAAUGUCCUUUCAGAAUGAAUAUGGCUCAUUCAAGAAUUAACUCUCUACUCAUCUUCUACCUCAGUUUUUUGCUGCUCAUCCAUCUAAAAAAGUCACUUUGCACGAGGAAUGACUCCAGGUGCCUAUCAAAUUCUUGCCAAAAGAACUCUACAUGUGUUCCUGGUCAUAAAGACAAUACUUGCCAUUGUGCAGAUGCAUCAGUGGACAGUGUGGAGAAAUUCUGCAAUAAAACCUCUGAUCCUUGCUCCUCAAACCCUUGUCUUCAAAAUGCUACCUGUUUAAGCUCUGCUGGAAACCUCAGCUUUACCUGUGAGUGCCCUGCUGGAUAUAAUGGACCUACCUGUGAAAGAGCUGUCGGCAUGUGUGACACAAACCCUUGUGAGCAUGGAGGCACCUGCCAAAAUGGCGUGGCUGGGCCCACCUGCCUUUGUAGCACAGGAUACACUGGUACACUCUGUGAAAUGGAUUUUGAUGAAUGCAUUUCUGAACCGUGCCACAACGGAGCAGUCUGCAGGGAUGGGAUUGAUGAGUACUCCUGCUACUGUGUCCCAGGCUACCAAGGCAAGCACUGUGACUUGGAAGUGAAUGAGUGUGUGUCAGAUCCGUGCCUGAAUGGGGCAACAUGUCUCAACCAGAUAGGACAAUAUGGUUGUAUCUGUCCACCUGGGUACACAGGUACAAACUGUGAGCUGGAAAUAGAUGAGUGCUCGUCACAGCCAUGCCUCAAUGGCGCGACCUGCCAUGAUUCCAUCAGGAGCUUUUCUUGCUCCUGUGCACCGGGCUUCCUCGGCGACCUCUGUGAAACCGACAUCGAUGAGUGUGUCAGCCAGCCAUGCCUCAAUGGGGGACAGUGCCUGGACAAGGCCAACGGGUACAGCUGUAACUGCACCGGCACUGGAUUUAUGGGCCUACACUGUGAGACCCUAACUCCUUUAUGUUGGUCACAACCAUGCUACAAUAAUGGCACUUGUGAGGACAACACUGACAAUUACACAUGCCAUUGUUGGCCAGGCUAUGUGGGUUCCCGCUGCGAGGAGGACAUCGAGGAAUGCAGCAGCAGCCCCUGCCUCCCUGGGGGUGACUGUGUGGAGCGCUCCUGGACCCACUACUAUGGGAGCAUCCCAGGCCUGCCGCCAGCCUUCAGCUACGACCAGGCUGAGGGGUACAUCUGUAGCUGCAGGCCAGGCUUUACCGUGCACAGUUUUCUGGCUGGAUUGUUUUGUGGUACUCACUGUGAUGAAGAUAUCAACGAAUGUUACAUGAACCCUUGCCAAAAUGGUGGAAUCUGUGAGAAUUUCCCUGGAAAUUACACUUGCCAUUGCCCACCUGCUGACAAAGAAGGGAUUUAUUAUGGAGGCUGGAAUUGUACAGAAGUUCUCCAUGGCUGUACUGAUCAGCAAUGCCAAAACAAUGGAAUAUGUAUCCCACAUUUAAAAAAUGGCCAACACGGAUUCAGCUGCAUAUGUUCACCUGGGUAUACUGGAAUACACUGUGAAACUGUAACCACAUUUUCUUUUCAUGGAAACAGUUUUCUUUUGUUGAAGAAUCCCCUGAACCCUAAAAAGGAAUUUUUCUAUAAUAUAAACCUGAGGUUUCAAACUGUGCAACCUACAGCUUUUCUGUUUUACCGAGGGGGGAAAAAUACAUUUGCAAAGCUGGAGUUACUGAACGGCUACUUACACUUAUCCGUGCAAGUCAAUAACAAGCCACAGGCUCUUUUGCAUAUUUCACAUAAUGUCAGUGAUGGAGAAUGGCAUUCGGUGGAGGUAACCUUGGCAAGAGCUAUUACUCUUAAUUUGCUUGACAGCUCUUGUGUAGAAUCGUGUCUCAGUAAAACGUCUGCUGUGAUAGAUAACGAUCACAUGAUGCUUGCAUUUCAGAGCACGUUUUUGGGCAGCUUACCAGUGGGGAACAUUAGCGGCAACUCUCUACUUAACAUCUAUAAUAUACAUUCUGCCCCUUCAUUUGUAGGCUGUCUUCAGGACAUUGAAAUAGACUUGAAUGUUAUUACACCAGAGAAUGUAUCACCUGAAUCAUCUUUAAAUGUCGGGACAGGAUGUACUAAAAAGGACUGGUGUGAAACCCACCCUUGUCAGAACAGGGGACGCUGUACCAACCUGUGGCUGAGCUACCAUUGCGAUUGCUACCGGCCAUACACGGGGCCAAGCUGCGCAACAGAGUACAUUCCAGGCCGGUUUGGAUCUGAAGACUCCUCUGGCUAUGCUGCUUUUCCUCUUGAUGCCACUCAGGAUGCCACUCAGAAUGAAAAGUUGAACGUAUCAAUGUUUGUCCGAACACGCAAAUCUUCUGGCUUGUUACUGGCUUUGAGAAACAGUACUUACCUCUACAUAAGAGUCUACUUAGAAGGUGGGAAACUCACAGUACUAGUUCUAAAUUCCACUAAGUUAUUCGGGAAACACUCUAUGAAUGAUGGAAACUUUUACUUAAUAACAUUAAAAAUAGAACCCAAUAAGGUAGAAUUGUUCCAGUCCUCUCAAUACCUAGGCUUUAUUUCUACUCCACUCCUAACCAUCCAAAGUAAGGAUAUUCUUUACAUUGGAGGCCUACCAGAUAACAAAGAAACUGAUGAAAAUGGCAGGUAUUUCAAAGGCUGCAUCCAAGAUGCAAGAGUGAAUAACCAGCCACUGGAAUUCUUCCCCAUCACCAAUCCACUGAAUUCUGCUACCAAUCGAACUCUUAUCAAUGUCACCCAAGGCUGCACUACUGACAACCUCUGCAAGUCCAACCCUUGCCACAACGGUGGUGUGUGCUAUUCAAUCUGGGAUGACUUUACUUGCACGUGCCCCCCUUACACAGUGGGGAAGGCAUGCGAGGAAGUUAAGUGGUGUGAGCUUGGGUCCUGUCCUCAUGAAGCACAAUGCCAGCUGGUACCCCAGGGAUUUGAAUGUCUUGCUAAUGCAGUGUUCAGUGGCCGAAGCAGUGCGAUAUUUUACAGAAGCAAUGGGAAAAUCAGCAGAGACCUCACCAGUAUCGUAUUUGGCUUUCGAACUAGGGACACUGAUGUGAUACUGCUGUUUGCAGAGAAGGAGCCAGAGUUUGUUACCAUCAGCAUCCGCAACUCCAAAUUACUCUUUCAAUUGCAAAGCGGCAACAGCUUUUAUAAGCUGACCCUUGCUAGUUCGCUGCCUGUGAGUGAUGGGAAAUGGCAUCAAGUGGUGGUCUCUAUGGUAGAGCCCCUGUCCCAGUUCUCUAGAUGGCACAUUGAUAUAGACAACAAGAAAGACACUGCAACUAGUACAACUGCUGCAGGAAGCCUCAACUUUUUGAGAGAAGAGACAGACAUCUAUGUGGCUGACAAGGCUUUUGACAGUCUGGAUGGGCUGCGAGGAUGUAUGAGCACCAUAGAAAUCAGUGGCAUUUAUCUCUCAUACUUCGAAAAUGCUGACAUCCCUACAAAAAAACCUCAAGAGGAGCAAUUUCUCAAAAUAUCCGCAAAUCCUGCGCUUACUGGCUGUUUGCAAGUAGAUGUCUGCAGCUCAAAUCCCUGUAUGCAUGAGGGGAUAUGUGAAGAGUUCUAUACUUCCUACCGCUGCAUAUGUUCAAAAGGAUGGACUGGCACUCAUUGCGAAGUCAACAUAGAUGAAUGCUCUUCAAACCCCUGCAUUCAUGGAAACUGCACUGACGGGGUCUCCUCCUAUGAGUGCAGUUGUGAACCUGGUUACACAGGGGUGAAUUGUGAAGAAGACAUAGACAACUGCCGUGGCCACCAGUGUGCAAAUGGGGCCACUUGCAUCGAUGGGAUUAAUGGAUAUUCUUGCCUGUGUGCUGGUAACUUCACAGGAAAAUUUUGCAGAUACAGAAGAUUACCAUAUACAGUUUGUGGGAACGAAGAGAGAAACCUCACAUGUUUCAACUACGGCAACUGCACUGAUCUCAGUGGCGAGUUGACCUGUGUGUGCCUGCCAGGAUUUGCUGGAGAACGGUGUGAAAAGGACAUUGAUGAGUGCAGCUCUGACCCGUGUCUGAACGGAGGCCUCUGCCAGAACCUUCUCAACAAGUUUCACUGUCUCUGUGAUGUGAACUAUGCUGGAGACCGCUGUGAGAUAGAUUUGACAACUGACUUGAUCUCGAACAUAUUCACCUCCAUUGGCUCAGUAACGCUGGCCUUGUUGUUGAUCCUCUUCUUGGCAGUUGUGAUUUCAGUCAUCGCUGCCAAUAAACGGGCAACUCAAGGGACCUACAGCCCCAGCCGGCAGGAGAAGGAGGGAUCCCGGGUAGAGAUGUGGAACAUGGUGCAGCCACCGCCGAUGGAAAGACUGAUUUAGAAGCAAGCACUCCUCCAUCCCGGAAAAUGGCUGAAAGUGGACAGUGUACAUGUUAGCUAUGUUAAUUUUCAGUCUGGUACCAGGAAUACUCAUUAUAAAGAUCACAAUGACUCUGGGCUUUCGAUAUUUUCGGUAUUUUCCUUUUAAGUUCAAUAGCAUAAAAUUUCUCACAGCAUUUAUGGGAACCAAUGCCUUCUAUCGUGGUUUUGGACAAUGCAUCCAAGGACAAUUUUUAUUUGCACUGGAAACUCCAGCCUUGAUAAUCAACAGUAGGCAUUACAGACAGUAAUGGCUUCCAGGAUACAUGUAAGUGCCUGUCUCAGACGCAACACGAAUAACAGCUUCUCAUUUGUGCUGUCCUUUGACUGCCUAGGAAUCUCUGCUGUAGAAGAUGAUAGAGACAAAUCAAGUGAGCCUGUACAAUAAAGACACUGUAAUUCUGUUAUCAAAGGUUUAGUACUAGAGCUCUGUCUUAGCGUAUCUACUUUCAUCUGUUAAUCAGGGAUUAAAAGGAAGCUGUGCAAAACCUCCCCAAAAUAAAUGCUUCAAAUUAAA